AUUUUUAAAAAUCUUUAUCAAAAUUCAGAUGGACGUAAAGAUAGGGAGAUCGUUUAAAUUAACAAAGAAAUUGGGUUCAGGUGCUUUUGGAGAAAUCUUUCACGGAAUCAAUCUCAAAACAAACAUGGAAGUGGCAGUUAAACUUGAGCCUGUUAACACAAAGCAUCCACAACUGUUUUACGAAGGAAAAUUAUACUAAUACUUGUUACAAGAACCCUCAGUUAUUGAUAAAGGAAUUCCAAAUGUUUACUAUUGUGCAACAGAGGGUGAAUAUAAUAUCAUGGUUAUGGAUCUCCUAGGCCCUUCUUUAGAGGAUCUAUUCAAUUUAUGCGGCAGAAAAUUUUCUCUAAAGUCAGUAUUAAUGUUGGCUGAUCAAAUGAUUUAAAGGAUUGAAUAUGUUCAUUCUAGGCACUUUUUACAUCGAGAUAUUAAACCAGACAACUUUUUAAUUGGAACAGGCAAAAGAGCUCAUAAGGUGUAUAUUAUCGAUUUUGGAUUGGCAAAGAGAUAUAUUCAAAAAGAUGGCAAACACAUUCCCUAUAAAGAAGGUAAAAAUUUAACAGGGACUGCCCGUUAUGCUUCAAUCAAUACCCAUCUUGGUAUUGAGCAAGGAAGAAGAGAUGAUCUUGAAUCAUUAGGCUACGUCAUGAUGUACUUCUUGAGAGGAUCUCUCCCAUGGUAAAACUUGAAAGCCUCUAACAAAAAAGAUAAGUAUGAAAAGAUUAUGGAGAAAAAGAUUUCAACAUCAAUAGAAACACUAUGCAAAGGAUUUCCAUAAGAAUUAGCUACUUACUUAACUUACGUAAGAAAUUUGAGAUUUGAUGAAAAACCAGACUACAGCUACUUAAGGACUUUAUUAAAGGACCUAUUCACCAAGAGCGGAUUUGAGAUGGACUAUAUUUAUGAUUGGAAUCUGAUCUAGAAAACGGAUGGUACUCCUGGAUAAACUACAAACAACACAUAACUAUAAUAACCACCAGCCGGUUAAGUGCCCCCAAAAUAAGGUUGAUUAUCAACCUUAAAGAUUAUUAUUAUAUAUAUAUAUAUAAAAAUAUUAUAAAAGAAAUAUUUAAUAA